AUGGCGGUGGUGGUUUGUGGGGGAGGUAGUGAUGUUGGAGGUGGGGAUGGUAGUGGGAGUGAGGUGGUGGAAAUGAUGGCAGUUGCGGUGGCAGUGGCAGUGGCAAUGAUGGUAAUGAUGCUGCCAGUGGCUAUGGUAGUAGUGAUGGUGGGAAUGAUAGUGGGGGUGGUAGUGGUGGUGGAGGUUGGGGUAAGGGUGGUGGUGGUGGUGGUGGUGACGAUGAUGGGGGUAAUAGUGGGGCUGGUAGUAAGGGUCGCGAUGGGUGGUGAUAGAGGUGGCGGUGGUGAUGGUGGUAGUGCUGGGGGUGGCGUUGGUGGUAGUGGUGGUGGCGGAGAUGACAAUGACUAUGGUGGUGGUGGCAGCAGCGUCAUCAGCGAUGGUAAUAGUCAUGAUAAGAUGGUGGUAGUAUAA